CCAUUCUUCUCUCUCACUCCAAAUGUAAAAUCCUUUGAAAUGUCAGAUUGCAAAGUUCUCGAAGUGGAGAAGUUAAGAAAUUGCAGAUUCGCUUUAUAUCCGCACAUAUUUGCGCUCACGAAGGAGGAAGCCAGAUAGAGCGAAGGGGAGGAGGAUGCUUGUGUGCUGUCCAAUUUCAAUCGUAAAUUUGAAAUUUUUCAUAAAAAUGUCAUAACAGCAAUUCCAGCGACAGAAAGAAAAAGAGAGAAAAGAAAGGCGGACAAAAGGCGGCGGCGGCGGCCGAAAAAACAUUUUGCAGAGUCGGCGUUUUUCAUCUCUCGAAAUUUAUGGAUUUUUCGUAAUGCCAAUAGAGAGCAGAGGGUGGGCCCAUAAAAAAAUGAAAUACAAAUUUCGGCUAAUUUGUAUCGAAAGGCACUCACUCAGAGCUCACAGCCAGCGCACUCAACACGAAUAAUGCAGGGCAAUUUAAUCAACAAUAACAUUUUGCCAAACAAAGCAUAAAACACUUAAAAAAUCAUAGCACUCAAAGCGGGGCUCAAAUAGUUUCACUCAGCUGGGACAUUCUCACGUUAUAAAGCGGCAAAUUAGGAGAGCACUUAAAAGGCACUCAAACGGGCAAGAUAACUCACUCAAAGCGCGGCGAGGCGGCCAUCAUGCGAAUGAGAGAGAAGGCGCGAGAGCCAUGGCUAUGCUUUGCUCGAGUGCACAGGGGAUAAGAGCGAGACAGCCAUAGGAGCUAACUGCGCUGCCAUCUUUCUUAUUGCCGCCGCUGCCGCAGUCGACGUUGAGUGAUUCCCGGCGAAUGAGUGAGCCAAAGUGAAUUGUCACAAACUCAGCAUCCAGUUGCCCAUAAGAACGCUCGCAUGGCUUUUGUAUUGCGCCAUAAACGUUUCGCUGCUCGUAACGCCACAACGCUCGACGUUUCGCAGCGGCCUUCGCUUUCGCUUCUCUUCUCGCGCGUAAAGCGGUCUCCCCAAAAAAAUAUUAUAUAGAAAGAAAAAAAAAACAGAAACGAAUAAAGAAAGAAGGAAAACCCGGCCGCCGACCCCCCUCUGCAGACAGACAAAACUCAAAGUCUCCAACGGACUCAAAGCGCCUCAGUCGCUGUCGCUCUCUGUCGUCGCAGUCGCUGUCAACGUCGCUGCCCGCGCCGGCAGCAAGAAUUACCAAUUACACGAAAUUUUUAUACUCUUUUAAAAAUUUCGUUUUAUUAUAAUAUUUAUUAUCGUGGCGCGCAGUAGUGUCUGCGGAACUCAGCUCUCCACUCUUUGGAUUCUCGGCCCUCCGAUUCCGAUUCCGAUUCGGAUUAUACGAUUAUACGACUAUACAACUAUACGACCGUACGAUUCAGUUUCCGAUUCGCCGUGUUUAUUGUUCCGUACCGCUCCGCUUCGGCCGCCGGCUUAUUGUCACUUAACUGUUAUAGACCGCAUAAAAUAUAAUAAAAUUGUGUGUGAAAAUCUGUACUGAAAGUCCAGAGAAAAAACAAACUGGAAAAACUGUCAAAACACUCGGUUUUUAUAACUCUCUGUGUGCGGUGCAUAAAAAUUAAAAAGCCAUAAAGUUGACAUCGUAAAAAGGUUCGCUUGUUCCAGAGUUCCAGAGUUCGAUAGUUCUACCUGCAAAGUGUUUUAUGGUAUUUUAAACAAAGUAAUUAAAGCAAAACGUUGGGAGAAAGCAUUUCUCCGGCCACACACAUACGCACACACGCCAACUGACUCACGCACACUUGAGAAGUCGUUAAAAGCCGCAGGGAAACUCACUCUGCCAUAAAAAUACAAGAGUGCCAUUAAAAAAGAUCGCGCGCCUAUAAAUCACACGUACGGAAUCCCGCCGGCACAACGUCCAUUCGAAUUUCCGCGUAAUUGAUGGCCGAUUUUUAAUUGCUUUUACAACAAAUAAAAGGCACAAACACACACCCCCAAAACACACAGACACACACACUUGUGCCACAGCUGCAGCAACAAAGCAACCCGAGACCAUAUGCAAAUUUAACAAAUUUCGUUGUGAAUUCGCCAGCUUCGAGCGAAAUAACAAAGAGAAAGAAAACUGAAGCAGAAAAGCUGCAAGUACAAGCUGCUCGCCAAAAGUUCGCUAGAGAAAACCCGAGAAAGUUAUUAACCAAACGACUAAGAUAAGUAAAUCGAACUCGAACUAAAAACGAAAAAAGAACUAAGAAAGUGGACUGAACAAAAUUCCGAAGAUUUGAUCCUCGGCCAGAGAGCAAAAUAUGUGCAAUGUCAAAAUUUGUUUUCGAUAGUAUGCUGCCAAAGUAUCCACAGUUCCAGCCGUUUAUCAGUUCGCACCACCUAACCACCACCCCCCCGAAUUCGUCAUCUGCAGCAGUUGCCGCCGCCCUAGCCGCCGCCGCCGCCUCUGCCUCCGCCAGCGUUUCAGCCAGCAGCAGCAGCAGUAACAGCAACAACAACAACAACAACAGCAGCAGCAACAACGCCACUAGCAACACCAACAAUAACAGCAGCAGCAGCCCCAGCAGCAGCAGCAAUCACAACAGCAAUCUCAAUUUGAGCGGAGGUUCUCUUUCUCCUAGCCAUUUGAGCCAGCAUCUGGGCCAGUCGCCCCACUCGCCGGUCUCCUCGUCGUCGCCCUUCCAACAGCACCACCCACAGGUGCAGCAGCAACACCUGAACCACCAGCAGCAGCAACAUCUGCACCACCAGCAACAGCAGCACCACCAGUACUCAUCGCUGUCCGCCGCCCUUCAGCUGCAACAACAACAACACCACAUCAACAAAUUAGCCGCCGCUGCCGUCGCCUCUCACGGCCACGCCCACCAGCAACUACUGCUAACUCCCCCGUCGGCUGGUAAUUCGCAAGCCGGUGACAGCAGCUGCUCACCGUCCCCUUCGGCCUCUGGGAGCUCUUCGCUGCACCGCAGCCUCAACGACAACUCACCCGGAUCCGCAUCCGCGUCCGCAUCCGCAUCUGCGGCCAGUUCCGUUGCCGCCGCUGCAGCCGCCGCCGCCGCUGCGGCCAGCUCUUCGUUUGCCAUCCCCACCAGCAAGAUGUAUCCUUACGUGUCGAACCACCCCAGCAGCCAUGGAGGACUCUCCGGAAUGGCAGGAUUCACAGGACUGGAGGACAAAUCGUGCAGCAGGUACACAGACACCGUGAUGAACAGCUACCAGUCGAUGAGCGUACCUGCCUCGGCAUCCGCGCAGUUCGCUCAGUUCUAUCAACAUGCCACCGCCGCCGCUUCAGCGGUAUCGGCAGCCAGUGCCGGAGCGAUCGGCGUGGACUCUCUAGGCAAUGCCUGCACACAGCCCGCAUCCGGCGUGAUGCCAGGGGCAGGGGGAGCGGGCGGAGCCGGUAUCGCCGAUCUGCCCAGGUAUCCCUGGAUGACGCUUACAGACUGGAUGGGAAGCCCCUUCGAGCGUGUCGUUUGCGGCGAUUUCAACGGCCCCAACGGCUGCCCCCGAAGACGCGGCCGACAGACCUACACUCGCUUCCAGACCCUCGAACUGGAGAAGGAGUUUCACUUCAACCACUACUUAACUCGGCGAAGGCGCAUCGAGAUCGCCCACGCUCUCUGCCUGACCGAGCGCCAAAUAAAGAUCUGGUUCCAGAAUCGACGCAUGAAGCUGAAGAAGGAGUUGCGUGCCGUCAAGGAAAUAAAUGAACAGGCGCGACGCGAUCGCGAGGAGCAGGAGAAGAUGAAGGCCCAGGAGACGAUGAAAUCCGCCCAGCAGAACAAGCAAGUGCAGCAGCAACAACAGCAGCAGCAACAGCAGCAGCAGCAGCAGCAACAGCACCAGCAGCAGCAACAGCAGCCGCAGGACCACCACUCGAUCAUCGCACACAAUCCGGGCCACUUGCACCACUCCGUGGUGGGUCAGAACGAUCUCAAGCUCGGCCUUGGCAUGGGCGUGGGCGUAGGUGUGGGCGGUAUUGGACCCGGCAUCGGUGGAGGAUUGGGUGGAAAUCUAGGCAUGAUGAGCGCCCUGGACAAGAGCAAUCACGACCUACUGAAGGCGGUCAGCAAGGUCAACUCCUAAGCUGACCACAACCCGACGACGCCCAGCCGAGCCAACGAGCCAAUCUUCCACCAGCCGCACCACUAGCUCCACUAGCACCACCACCACCACCGCAGCCACCGCCAGGACCAGUGUCCGGCGUUCUUUUUCGUCUCCUCGUCUGUGUAAGGCGCGAGAUAGCAAGCAGAAGAUAAAACUCGAUAACUAAAAUACGUAAAGUUUUACAUAGUAAAUAGUUGCAUAAGUCUACAAACAUACAUACACCCAAGGAAGUGGGUGCGAUGGCCCAGAGACGAUGAGCUGGCCAAGGGUUAAUUGCUGUGGAUCAAAGCUUUCUGAGGUUUACCCCGAGUGCAGUGGGCUAUUUGAUAGUUCAGGGCAUGCGAUUCCCUUCCAGAUCUCCAGUGAGAAUUUGUGUAUCCGACAUUUCUUCCAUUACUUUCGCUUUCCAACCCCCAAAACGGCAAUUCAACCCCCAGCGCAGAGUCUCUGGGCCAACGUGCCCAGUUCGGUAAUAUUAAUGGAUAACUUGAACUACUUAGAAUAGCGGUAAAUGCUUAAGGCAGGAGUUAGCAGGAGACGCGAUCUAUAUAAGAUGAAUAUUGACGAAAUGAGCGAUUUUUGAUAGUCAGAGAGCCCACGUUGCCAGCCACCAACCCAUCAAGAGGGGGGUCUUGGACAAGGCAACUCGCGGGGUUCGAGUGUAAAAUUAUUUGCGACUGCUGUAGGAUAACCUAGUUCGAUAUUUAGAGCCACGUUCGACUAUGUUAAACGGUAUAUAUGAAUACAUUACUAUAUGGAUAUGCUUACAGAUUAAUGAUACUUACCUAUAGAGCGAUAGAGCGUACGUUUUGUAUCCACCCUAUUUAUUGGAAACCUAUGUUUAUGUUUUUCGCACAGAAAGAACCCUCUUCCAAUGUCUUCGUUUAAGUGAUGCGUUUACCGUGUGUUUUGCUGUAUUUCGUUGUAUGCCAACGCUUCACUACAAUGAUUUCUUCAAUGCCAUAUUAAUCUUAAUUCGAGAGCCAGUAAGCUGCUGCGAGAAAGCUGCUGCAGAAUGCGCUAAUAUUUCCAUAAAUACCAGUUGUAAGGACGAACGGUAUGCAACAUACCCGAAAGCAUAAUCACGAUUUCAAAUACGUAAUAAUAAUAAUGAAACUCGAAACUAAAUUGGAGUAAGAAGGAGCAAGAUGAGAAAAUAAAUGUCGUUUGCCAGUGACUAAAAUUUUAAAUUAACUACCAUUAAGCAAGGAGAACGUACACUACGGGCAAAAGAGCCUACAAAUCUACACAAAAACGAAAACUACAAAAGUAACAAACAAACAGAAAGGAAACUCUGAAAUACGUAUUAGCUUAAGGUUGCAACAACAGACAAACUGUCGAGAAGGGGGAGAGGUUAAGAAAGAGAAGGAGGAGGAACCAUGGCAGAACCCAUAUACGUAGAUUUCAAACUUCCCGAAAUUCAAUUUACCUAGCAUAGUCUCUCGCGGAUUGCAAGUUGGAUUAAAGUCAAAAUCUAUUUAUUAUACACAACCGAAGCGGAAGCGCGUAUUUACAUAAACAAUUAUUGACAAAUAUAUAUGAAUAUAUAUUACAAAUAUAUACAACUAUGAACCUAUAUGUGUAUGUAUAAAUACCUAAAUGUAUGUGUAUCUAGUAUGGUUAACACCAAAAGCAGUCGGGUCAGAGUUAAAGUCACGUUUUGACCGAAAAACCAGAAAACCAGACACCACCAAAAAAAAAAAAGCAUCAGCAUCCCCCAGCACAUCCUUUUCGCUAUAGGAAGACCUUCCUGUAGUACCGUUGUCCUUUGUUUUUAUCAAGUCCCCCUGGUUCGAGUGAUAUUCCCGGGCGGUGACAGCCAUUUGCCUUGUUUCACGACCUGAUUAAAAGGAAACCGUUUUUGUUUCUGUUUCUGAUUCUGUUCCCACUUCCGUUUUCGUUUCCGUUUCCGCUUUCUGUUUUUGUUGCGUUUCAGUUUGGCUUAAGUUUAAUGUUUAAUGUUUAAUGUUUAAUGUCCCAUUCGGACGGCCUAGCAAAUUAGAGCGUAAAUUAAUAUUAUAUUUUGUUUGACCCCUUAUGCUAAACACUUCUGUUAAUUUUAGUUUAAGUUUAGUUGUGACAAAUUGUGUAUUAUAUAAUUUUAUGCGAUUUCAAAAUGAAUGCGAAAGAAAAUUAAAAACAAAAGACGACCUUUGUUUCACUCCGACUGGGAGGCCACUGCAACGAGAACCCAUCCAUACGCCGACCUCUCCGACGAGGUCCAAAAACUUCAAAUCAAACUAACUAUUAGCUAAUGCCUAACGAACAACAUAUAUACGUAGAAUCAAGUCGAUACUAUAUACUAACCAACCAAGUUUACUCACCCAGCCCGAAGGCAAUCGGAACUUGCGAUAGAUCAAGAGCCCGCAUAUACGUAACUGAAUUAUAUUCGAACUUUAAACAGAUCCUAGUAUUAGAUCGAGGGGCGCCCAAGCUAUAUUCGCCAUCGUAUUUGUACAUAAAAACUGCAUGAAAACUAUUUACGUUAAGAAAAUGGAAAAGAUUCAAAUCUGGAAAUCAAAUUCGUUUCCGUUCGAACAGAUUUCAGCCAAGGGGAUUAAAAAUUAUGAAAAUUAUGAACGAACCCAAAAAGAAAAUGAAAAUAACGUUAGCAUAAGCCAACCACUGCAGUGAAGAAUUAAUAAAUAAAUAAAAUCAAAAGGAAAU